AUGGUUCUUUCCACUGGAUGGGAUCUCGUUCCAUACUCCAACCUUUUAGAAGUCCAGAGAGAGGUGUUUGAAUAUUUUACAGACUUGAGAAGUAUUGCAAAACCAUCCCGUCCGGAUUUUGAAUCUGAUGUUUGUAUGCCUGAUAUUGAUCUCAUAUGUACAUGUUUUAUCAAACCAGAAUAUAGUAUCACAGCCACUGAUGUUAAACUUUUUAAAGAGCUAUUAAAAAUAAGCUCAGUAGAUGGUAAUAAAUCUAGUCACUCAAAGAAAAGAGAAAUGAAUAGACUUCAAAAAUUGCAUUCACUUAUUUUGCAGGCUCAAAUUUCAGUUCAAAGACAGUUGGAGUUAGCCAAUCCUUGUUCACACAAUGGUUUACCAUUAACAAAUGAAAAACAACUGAUGGAAUUACAAGGAAAAGAACAGACUUUUUAUAUAAAUACACUACCUAGCUCUUACAAAUUGAGUGGCACUACUAAAAGUGUUACAAACUUCAGUACAGUAACAUUUACGUUUAUUGAGUUUCUUCAACGAAAUUACUUUAUUUAUAAGGUACCUUCAAUUGAAAUGUUCUCUGUGAAUAAACAAAUCGAUGCGACUUAUUAUUUUGAAAAGAUGCUACCAUUUCCUACUUCAGUGUACAAACAAAUUCAUCAUUCAGUUGAAUAUUUGGUGUUGUUAACUGAGAAUGUACUGAAUUGUUUAUUUCUUUUGAAAGCACUUGUCGGUGUUUAUGUACCAUUUGAUGUGACUGUCAAAAAUACAGAUGCAUCUUUCAGUCGAAAGACUAUCCAGUUUGGAAAUAUCAUAUUAACAAGUCCAUUUCCUCCAAGAGUUCGCGCUCGUUUGUUUUAUGAAUCUUUAGUAAAACAACUAUGUUUUGAACACAACUCGGGUGAUCAAGAGCGGUUAAAGUGUGCUCUCACUACAAAUAAAGUUAUGGAAAAGAUUAAUAUAUCUAGUCCACGUACUCUUCGAUCAUGCACUAAAGCUCAGGAAUAUGGUUUAUCCGUCAAUAAAUUGGAUCACACAGAGGCGUUAAGUGAUACUGAUGAUGAAUUAAGAAUUGAUUUGGAUGAACGGGACAGUAAUGAUCAUAGUUAUAAACAGUCUAGUUCAUCAAUUUGCAAUCCUGGAAAUGUAGCUAACUUUUGUACAGUUGUUGAAAGAUCUACUAAUAAACAACAAGAAAAUACAAAUAGCCUUUCUGUUAUCAACUUCUCUAGUACACCAGAUUCACCUGCUGAUGAGACACCUAAAAGUCCAUGUUUUAAUCAAAUUAUAGAAUCAAAGUCUAUCGUUCAUUCUCCUAGUCCACGCAUAAUUCCUCUUGAGCCUAUUAAAAUUAUGUGUGAACUAUCUCAAGAUUCAUCAUCAUUGGAAACAAUAUGUCUUUCAAAACGAUUAACGUUCAACUCUCCUACAUCAAACAAAAUGAAUAAAACCGAAGUUAAUCAAGAAUCAAAUAAAAACUCAGUUAGGGCGUACUCAUAUUCUUCUUUGAAAUUAGGAAAUAAAAAUUUGUUAGUUCAAUUCUGCGAUACAAUAUGGUCGAACAAUGAAAGUUGUCAAGCUUGCAAAACAUCACCUUCUGAUGGGCAAUGUCCACUUUGGCCUUCAUGUAACACGCGGAAUCAGACAAACAGCAUAAUUAAUGAUGAGUCUAAAAAAAGUAAUUUAAAGCCUAUUUGUGUUCAAAUCAAACCGGAGUAUUUAGGUGAUUGGGGCUGUGAAAUGCUUGAAAACCAAGAAUUGGAACUUUCUUGGUUAGGUUCAUUUAUAAGGAAUAACUCAGAUAUUUUAAGAAUUCGUUUAUAUCCAAACUCUGGAAAGAUUAUCUUGAUAGAAUAUCAAUCUAUGGAAGAAAUGUUAAAGACAUAUCCUCAUUUUAAACCACAAGAUAAUGUAAACAGAUUAUCUGGAUUACUGGAUCAACUUUUCAAUUUAGAACCUGGAUCCUAUUUACUAACACAAACCAAGAUUGCAUCCGAUAAUUCGUUUGAUAUUUACCAAUCUGUCAGUGAUAAUCAAUCAUUUGAUAAAGAUGCUCAUCAAAUUAAUUUAAAUCAAAUUUCCAGUCAGUUUUCAACAUCUUCAGAGAGAAUACUAAAUUUAUUAUCACUUGAAGAUGAUAAAUUCAAUGGAUCCACUAUUCCAGAAGAAAUAGCUAGUACACUUUAUUUAGUACGUCGUUUAAGAUUGGAUUUGGAUAUUCCUGCUGGUUUUGAAAUAAUCCACAAUUCACAAAAUGAUAAAUCUGAGAGAAAUUUAAAAUUGCCUGGAUUAAAUCGUAUAGAUUGUAUGGAAAACUGUAGUAAACAGAUUAGUAGUAGCAGUAAAUUAAUAAAAGAAAAGACAUCUAACAAAAGCAGUAAAAGUCGUGUUAUGAAAGUAAUAACAUCGAAGAAAAAGAAGACGACGACAUCAAUGGCGAAAAAUAGUAAUAAAGGAAGACAACCACCUACGGGUAGUAAAAAUACAAAUGAUAAACAUCGCCGUGAAAGACAAAGAACUAAUUAGUUGAUUUGUUUAUAAAUUAUUUAUUUAUGGUCUGG